GGUGAAGAAUCAGGUGAAGAAUCAGAGGGAGGUGGAGAUUUGGGUGGAGAUUCUGAAGGUGAAGAAUCGUCUGGAGGCGGUGAUUUAGGUGGAGAACCUGAAGGUGAUGAACCGUUUGGGGGCGAAGAUUUGGGUGAAGAAUCUGAAGGUGAAGAAUGUGGAGAAUCGUCUGGAGGUGAAGAUUUGGGCGGAGGACCUGAAGGUGAAGAAUCGUCUGGGGGUGAAGAUUUGGGUGGAGGACCUGAAGGUGAAGAAUCGUCUGGGGGCGAAGAUUUGGGUGAAGAAUCUGAAGGUGAAGAAUCAGAUGAAGAAUCUGAAGGUGGUGAAGAUUUGGGUGAAUGUUUCAGAGGUGAAGGUUCAUGUGCUGUAGGUGGUGAAGAUUCAAUAGGAGAUUUCGAAGUUUUAGGAGAUGAAUGCGUUUCACUUCUACGAAAAAUUAAAAAUCAGUUAAGGAAUGGGAAUGACCGAUAAUUAACUAAUAUCAGAAGU